AAGAAGUAGGAUUAAUGAGAGAAGGGCUUAUAGAAAAUGUCCACAUGAAAGGACGCCAAUGCAGUCAAUGAUUGGUUAGUUGACAACUCGUCGUGCCGGCAUCGUCAACUGGACAAUAUGAAAGGAGGGAACUGAAGUCUAUUAAAGGCGUAACAUUUCCCAUUUUUUGUUGUCUUCGAGGAUGGAGGCUAUAACCGAAUUCCAGCAAGCUGCGGAACCCAAAAAUGAAGACUACGACUCGACAGAACUUCAGAAAGAAGCUGGUGUAACCGACUUGGAUGAUGAAUACCUUACCGAAGAGGAAAGACUGCACCCUUGGCGUCAAACUCGCACCUUUUAUUGGUCCGUGAUAGUUGCCUCAGUAGCAGUUCUUUUCUAUGGUAUUGACAUAACUGCCAUAAGUGGUGCUCAAGUUGGUUAUAUUCCUCACUUUGGUUUGGAAAAUCGAACGUAUCAUCAGGGAGUAAUGGUAUCCUGUAUUUACUUUGGUUGUUUUGUGGGUGUUUUUAUUGCACUAUUUACAAAUACAUACUUUGGAAGAAGAUUUACUAUAUCUCUAGCUUCUUUUAUUUCCACUGGUGCCUGCAUUUGGGAGGCAGUUUCUCCAUCAUGGCAAGUUUUUAUUCCUGGACGUAUUAUUCUCGGGUUUUCUUAUGGCAUGAUUGGUGAGACGGCACCUGUUUACUUGGCAGAAAUGUCACCUGCAAGUAUUCGUGGAGCUAUUGUUUCUCUUUAUCAACAAGUUGUGACCAUUGGUAUCUUCCUUGCAUAUCUCUGCAACCUUAUCUUUGUCUGGGUCAAUUAUCAAAAUGUUGGUUGGCGAAUUAUGAUUGGUUUUCCUAUGGUGCCUUCUGUUAUUGAAAUGUUUCUUAUUUGGACGGUGCCAGAAUCGCCUAGGUGGCUCAUUAAGAGGAGAAGAUAUGAGGAUGCCAAGAGGAAUCUUUUCAAGUUACGUCGUACAGCAGAAACUGCAGAAAGGGACUUUGUACGAAUCAAGAAAGGUGUAGAGGAAGAUGAAAUUUUACAAAAGGGAAAGAAUCUACUGGUUGAAGUAAUUCGUGUUCCUUAUAUCAGAAGAGCUCUCUUGAUUGGAAUCAUGGAAAUGCUUUUCCAACAAAUGAGUGGUAUGAAUGUAUUUAUGAACUACAUUGAUGAAGUCUUUGAGGAGAAUAUCAAUAUGGGAGCGAGAACCUCAGUUGCAGUAAGUCUGUUUCCAGGUUUUGUCAAUAUGGUAGCUACUGUGAUUGUAUACUUUACUAUUGAUCGAUAUGGAAGAAGGACUUUGCAGUUGGUUACAUUCCCUGUUAUGUUUCUCAUGUUAUUGAUGGUCCUGUUUUCUUUCUAUGGAGAUAAGAAAGUGAAUUUGGCAUUCUUCAUUAUUGGCGUUGUUUUCUUCAUUGUUGCUUACAGUCCUGGAGCAGGACCAGUUCCUUGGACUUUUUGUGCCGAAGUAUUUCCUACUUAUGUUCGUGCAGCAGGUACCACGAUUACUACAUUCUUUGUGAAUGCUUUCAACUUUGCACUUUCCUUCUCUUGGCCAUCUAUGAAGGCAGCAUGGGGACCACAAGGAGGCUUUGGGUUCUAUGCUGGAUUCAACUUUCUUGGUAUUGUGAUGCAAUUCUUAUUUUUACCAGAAACCAAAGGCUUCACUUUGGAACAGAUGAGAGUAGUAUUUGAGGAAGGUUUAUUUACCAUUGCAGCUUAUCAUUGUCGUGCUGGAUGGAGAUCUUUGCGCAAGUUAUUGGGACUUUCAGUUCCAGAUACACCUCUUGUUUCUCCUUAUGACAAGGCAUUUGCUAUUGAUCGUGCCAAAAGAGAAGAGGAGAUGAUGCAUGCUGGUGAAGUUUCUAAAUAGUGUUUUGUUUGUUAUGAUUCUAAAAGAGUGAUAUGACUUAUGUUGUUUGUCUUUUGCAGGUAUUACUGACGAAUAAAAGCUUAUAGAGAGAUACUUACGGAAGCCAAGUCCCCUGAAAUUGGGAGGGCAAUUGACAGAACAAUUCAAAUGUUUUCAUUUUCUAUUGCCAAAGAGUUUUCGAAAUUCAGUUGAAGCACAACGUGGAAGCAAUGGAUUGGAAGAAAAAAUGCUCCAUUGCA